AUAGAUGGGGUUGGGGUAUUUUUUACAAAACCCGCUUACCCGUUUGCCAUAUCUACCCCAGUCCAAACUCCCGGAAAAUUGGGUUGAGUAAGAAUCAACGACUCGGAAGGCGUUAUCCGUGCAAACUGGACACAAGACGUGAAAGAAAAAGAGGCAAAGCAAGUAAUCAAAGUGGUCGCAUAAACAUCACUGUAACAGAUCUAUUUUAGGUUGAAGAGUUGGCUUAUCUUGUUAAGAACAACCUCGAGUGCAAGCACCUCGUUCUCUCCGCGGAACAGACCUUAAUCGAUUUCCUCAAAGAUGAUAAGCGGUACCCACUCAAUUCCAUAGCUCUUCCGAUUUUUAGCCAUCUAGCAGGGCCUAGGGGAAAUAUGAUGAUGAAAAUUUUAUCAAAUGCAGUUCAAAUGCUGCACUGGAGCUGCAACCAAUGAAUCCAUACAACCGCCUUCUCUUACAUCGACUUGCUGAGAUUUUUGGCUUUUCUCAUCAAUCUGUCGGAGAAGGUGAUAGGCGACAUUUGGUUUUGGAGCGUUGCUCAGAAACAUCAAUACCUUCUGUUCUUGUCAGUGAUUUGCUAUGGGCACACGACGAUGAGCAUCGACCUAUAGUAGCAUCAGAUAUUGUGUCAAGAGCAGAAGCCUCACAAGGGGUAAGUGCAGUAAAGACAGAUCUACAUGUUUCAGUUGCUGAGAGAGAAGCAGCUUAUUUGGCCGCCCGUCGCCAAAUAUUUGCAGCAGGUGAAGGUGUAGCAUAUUUACCUUUAAAGCAGAAGCCACCCAGCAAUCCUGUGGUUGCUCGUCGAAUGAUUGUGCACGCCCUUGGUAAAAAAAAAGAGUGGCAUGAUGAGGUAAAUGGCAGUAAUAGGGAUUAUUGCCAGGAUAUUGAUGAUAUUAAUAUUGAAGUGAGGAUUAGUCCUUCAACAAAUUCAGAAUUGGAUAUUCUUAAAGAUGGUCAAACUCUAUCUAGCAGAAGUUACAUUCAAGGUGAAACAGAAAUUGUCGAAUAUGAUGGUGCUGCAUUGUCAACUACUGGUAACGAGGUGAUUAAACAAGCUGCUCUAAGAAGGAAGAUUCCUAAAUUUGGAAUAAGUGAAGCUCAGAAGGCCAACAUAAAAAAGGAGCAAACUGGAGCUGCGAAGAGGAUGUUUGCCAAUGCCUUGGGAUAUCCUUCUGGUAGAGAAAACAGUUUUUUGAAAUUUAGCGGAGCGGAGCACAAUAAAUAAGAAAAGCCUGUUAGUAUUCCAAAUUGAUCAAGUUCUUGUAUCCCAUUUCGUUAUUUCUCAAAGAACAGCUAUGAGGCCGUUAUAACAACCUAGGUUUAUUGAAUGGCACAUGGUACAAGUUUGUAAUUGUCCAGAUGAUAAUUAUUCUGCAUGAUGAUCGUAUAGAAAGUUAACUAGCUGUUUUGUGCUU